CACGCCCAGGCCCCCACCCCCUCUCCCCCCACUGCAAAAAGGAACGAAGCCUCAGAAAGUUAGUAAGCUGCUAUGGAACGUGUGUUUGCUCCGCUGGAAUGUCUGCUUCCCACUGGAAACCUGAGGUUUUGCCUUUUGAUUCUUAAUCAGCCUUUGGACAAAAGUCAUUUUCAUCUUCUGUGGAGCAAAGCUGUUCUAAGAGCUUGUGCUGACGGCGGUGCUAAUCGCCUAUAUCAUAUCACAGAAGGAAAUCAGGAGAGCUUCUUGCCUGAUUACAUCAGCGGUGACUUUGAUUCCAUUAGGCCUGAAGUCAAGGAGUACUACACGGUCAAGGGGUGUGAAUUGAUAGAGACACCAGAUCAAGACCUCACUGACUUCACCAAGUGCCUUCAGAUACUCCAGAAGAAGAUAGAAGAAAACAGUCUCCAGAUUGAUAUGAUUGUGACCUUGGGUGGACUUGGGGGACGUUUUGACCAAAUCAUGGCAUCAGUGGAGACUCUCUUCCAUGCAACUAACAUCACUCCUGUUCCAGUUAUAGUUAUUCAAGAAUGCUCCCUCAUCUACCUGCUUCAGCCUGGGAAGCACCAACUGCAUGUAAAUACAGGACUGGAAAGCAAGUGGUGUGGCCUCAUUCCAGUUGGGAACCCUUGUGACAAUGUUACUACAACAGGCCUAAAAUGGAACCUAAUGAGAAGAAUGAUGAUUUCCCCUUCACAAUGGCUGUGGAAGUGUGCACGUGGAGGAAGGGCAUACUGGGGAUUAAUGAUAGCAUCUUCAUGCAAACGCUAAGAAAACUGGUCAGAUGACAUGGGGUCAAAUGCUAGCAAUUUGCUGGUGGCACACAAUUCUACCUAUCCUACACAAGGCUGGCCUUUGAUACGGGUGAACAGGACAAAAGCUCAGAGGGCUGUUAUAAGCAGGACACCUCUGGCCCCUGCCUUGGAGCCACCCUGACCAGAUUUUCUGUCUGCUGUGCAGAAGAGAGAAAGCACUGGUGUCAGGAUGUCUCCUGCAUAUGUACCCCAUCUCUGCUGAGCGGGAAAAUGGGAGACAAGGCUCAGGAGUGAAGUGGAACAGCUAGGGGUGCUGCUCUCUGAACAAGCUUUCAGACUGUUGAAUGCCACUGUUCUUAAAAGGACAGCACACACCCCCAGCACACACAAACACACUGUCUCUCACACACACACAGACACUGCUUCUGUCUCUCAUGCUCACACACACUGCAUUUAUCUCUCUCUCUCUCACACACACACACGCUCUGUCUCUCUCACACACAUCCUCUGUCUCUCAUAUACACACACAUAUACACAGUUUUUUCGCACAGAGUCAUAGCCACUAUCUCUUUCAUAAACUUAACCCUCAAUGCAUACUUGUAUUGUUGUUAUUUCUUGGUUCCUUCUGCAAUGCACAUAAAAUCAUAGAGUACUAGAAUUUGAGAAGUCAUCAAGUUCAGUUCCCUGCACUCAAGGCAUGAGCAAACACAUAUAUUCUCUAUAAGUCUUUCAAAGUGCUGUUAUUUUAGUUUUUUCAUUGAUCUAUGCAUUCAUAAUUCAUUUAAGUUUUGAGUAGUGAGUUCUAAAAUUCCUAAUCUGUCUUGGCUGGAGUAAUUAUGAUUAUUACUUUUAUUAGCAUAUUGUGUUUUGUCAUUAAUUGUUUAAAGAGGUACCAUCAAAUAAUAGUUUCCUUCUAGAAUAUAAAUUUAGUUUGUACUAAUUUUAGCAGUGCCAGUUUAACUUUAGACAUGAGGCAUUUGAAAAUUGCUUAUUUUCAAAUUGUAUUUUUAGUUCUGUCUUUAAAAUAACUUAACAUUUGCACGAAAAUAAAUGCAGUUUGAACUAGGUUAUCAAUAGCAAUGAUGGAGUCAGAGGUUAGUGAGUUAUGCACAGAAUCUUGGUCUUGAACUAAAAAACCAAGUACUGUAUCACAAAUCCCAUGACAAUAUUGCAAGAGGCUGCAACAUAAGGCCUUUCAUGAAUCAGUGUGUAAACUAUACAGUCGAAAUAUGGAAAAUAACUGUCAGUCAGUCAUCCGUUCUGUAUUUUACUAGCUAUUUCUUAGGCCUAGCCUAUACUUAAAAAGUUUUACCAGAAUAAUGGUGUCUGUUGUAUGAGUGGCAAUGUUUUUUUUGUUUCAAUUUUGUUUUGUUUUACCAACAUAGGUACACCUGUAAAAGUUCUAGAAUAGGUGCAGUUAUACUAGUAUUACUGUACUUUUACUAGUAUAGCUGAUGCCAGACUGGAGAACAGGCAUGAGUUAUAUGGUAUAGGCACUUUUACACCAACCUAACUCUACACUAAAAGGUUUUGCUCGUAUAGCUUUACCAGUAUAACUAUAUUGGCAAAUUCCUCUUAGUGUAGACUAGAAUUUAGACCCCUUCAUGCCCAUUUAAAGAUAUAAAGCUUACAACAUUUUACAUAUUACCUCUAAUUGUGGUAUCUUGGGCAAGUAACCUUAAAUUAAUCACAUGAAAUCUUUACCAAAUAACAUUAAAUUGCUUGUAUGAGAAAUCUCUUUUCUCUGUUUCUGUCUUUUAUAUUUUAGGGCUAGACACUCUCUUUGUUUUGAUUCUUGACCAGCAUUGUUCAUAUUGUUGGUGUUUUAAAAAUAAAAUAAACUGUAUAGCUAUUGUAAAGGAUAUUUUUUUCUGUAUGUAGCUUUUUUAAUAUUUAAAGUCUAACAUUUAACAAUUUUUAAAUGUACUGUAUAAGAACAUGUACACACCUAUUUCCUAUAUGUAUUUCUGUUUUUCCAGUUCUCUUGGGGCUGGGUUAUUGAUCUGUUUGUUGUUGUUGUUGUUAAAAUAUUCAAAUAUAUUGAUCCAGCCUAUAGUGCGUUAUAUGAAACUCUUAAGUAAUAUCAACAUUGGGAAAUGUAGAAGGUUUUUUACAAUUUUCUGAGUCAUCUGGUCUGCCUUGAUUUAGAAUAAAAUACUAAAGUACGUGUUUUUGCCGAUUGUAAAGGAAGUACAUGAUUUUUGCUGAAGUUUUGUACCCAUAAAACUUACUCUGUUGUCU